AUGAGAUCACGGGGCCUAAAAUCAAGCGCUGCCAGCGGCAAAGCGUUUGCCAGCUCCGGCUCAGGUGCUUUCGGUGCUUUCUCGUCGGCUUCCAGCGGCAGCAAGUUGUCCUACCUGACCGAGCCUCCCGACUAUAGCACCAUCUCGGAUGCCAACGUGGCCGUCUCGUUCAAAAACCUUCUCAAGAAAGAUGCGACGACGAAAUCAAAAGCUCUAGAAGACCUCCUGGCCCAUGUCGAGGCCCAUCCGUACGAGAAGGAUGGCGGGGUCGAGGAGGCAGUACUUGAGGUUUGGGUGCAACUAUACCCUCGAAUCUCGAUAGACAACUCACGGCGCGUACGCGAACUCUCUCAUACCUUGCAGCUUGAGUUGAUGAAGUCGGCGAGGAAACGCAUGGAACGACACAUUCCCAAGAUUGUCGCGACUUGGCUUGCUGGUACCUUUGAUCGAGACCGCGCCGUCUCUCGAAUAGCGUCCGAGGGCCUCUCGUCUUUCCUCACCACGCCGGAAAAGACAAUCCAGUUCUGGAAAAGAUGUCAACCCCAGAUUCUCGAGUAUGCCUCGGACGCAAUUCUUGAAACCGCAGACACCCUUAGCGACGAGCGAUCGACCAGUGCCGACGAUGCCGAGGCCAAAUACUACAGGGUGUUGGGUAGCAGUCUGGGGCUUGUGCUCAACUUGCUCGAAAAGAUGAGCCCUACAGACAUGGAAAAGUUCCAGGAUAGCUACGACCAAUUUCUCGAGGUUGAAAAAGUUUGGACAAGUGCUCUUGUCGGCGACGUUGUUGUGAGAAGACUUGCCUCACAAAUGGUGGCGAUUUGUAUCGAAAAGCGCCCUGAUGUUGUGGGAGACAAGUUGGCCCUUUUAAGCAAGGUCUAUAUCUCCGAGGGACUGAAGAGCAGCCAGACUGGCUCCGCCACCGAGUUUGUAAAAACCAUCACCAUCUUGACAAACAAGUUCCCUACGAUAUGGACUUCAGACUACCGCGGGAAGAACCCGACAAGCCGCUUGAAGACCUUUGUCGAGAAGGGAUCACAGGGUAGCACUGUGGCAUUUUGGGAUGCGCUCAGCCAAUUAUUGAGUUGCUUGCCUGUAGAAAUUCUCCCGUCAUCCGACAAGGCGGCGGCCGUUGCAUUCAUGAAAUCUCUUAGAUCUGGUAUCACAAGUCGAGAGGAACCGAAAAGCCAUACAGUCAAUGCCUGGACCUGUUAUAUCGGCUUGGGGAGAUUGUUUGUUGAGAGGUUGACAGAGGGUUCUGCAGCAUUUGCCGAAGAGACUGUCUUCCCAUUGAUCGAACAAUAUCUCUUCACGGAACUCCCAGAAUGGUCCGUAGAAAGUCCAAUUCCCGUGCUCAAGGCUUACACGGCCUCUGCCGCGUCCCCUAGUCAGGACGUCAGAGAAGCUGCUAGACAACAAUGGAGCAGAUCAAAGGAGCAGUUCUUGUCUAGAAUCCGAGACUCCCUACCCGAAGCCUCGAAAGACUUUCAAAAGUCGCAAAAAGCUAUCGCCGAGGAGGGCGGCCGAUGGUUCGAUCUGACGGGCAAGAUCCUGGAUGCGCAUGCAAAGACGAUAGGCACCGAUCGUCCUAUUCCAGCAGAUGCCGUGAAGAAGCCAUCGAUAGACUUGGUUCUGGACGCAUUUCAAAUUUUGCAGAAGCGUAACUACAAGCCAUUUGGUGCAGCAGCAGCAAUUGCAGCUGCGUUUGAGAAUAGUCAACCACUUUUCCAGGCCAAUACUGACUCUGAAGCGGCUGACAAGGUAUUACAAGAGCUCCAGGGGGCGCUUUCCGACGAUCUAGCAGCCAUAUUAAACUCAUCGAGCAUGCUCUACAUAUUAUCGUGUGUCACGUCGCUGAGCAACAUACCCGACAGAACACAAGACUUCGAGAACUUGUGGCAGGUCAGUGUUGAAGGGCUGGCCGCUUUAAUCAACGACAGCAGCUCUGGACUUCCUGUAGAAGGAGUACAGGCAUUGACGAAAUUGAUUUCGACCACGGAUUCGGCAGCGUUAGCUCGAAAGACUGAAACGCUGCAGUCCGUACUUGUACGCAUUUGUCUUGAAUGUGCCAAGGGAACGCAAUUGACCGAGUCAUGGGACGCUUUUGAUGCUGCGUUGACAUUUAAUGUCUUUGACGAUAUCCAUGGACACGACCUAGCCAAAGAAAUAACUGCGAUACUCGCAAAACAACCAACUGCUGAAGCAAUAAAAUCCUUGCUCUUAGUGGCCCAGAAGAAGCCUGAGCUUCUCUCUGGAGCCGAGACUCAUAUGAGUCUCAUGACGAGUCUCUUGAGCCUGUCAGAAAAGUCCGACUCACCAGACAUUGCAAUGUUGAGGUCAUUGUUAAGCCAGCCAACAUCUGGUACAUCUUCCAAUGUUGCCGGAAUUAUUGAACAGAAUCUGAGCAAUGCCACUUUGGAAUGUCUGGGCAUUGACACACUCGUCCAACAAGCUCAGCAACUGCGCAAGACGAAAGAUGGUGCUGCGGUCGUUCUGCCGGACACUAAUAUCUGGGAGAAUGAACUUUUGGUGAUUAUGGACAAGGAGCACUUGGAUUACUCUUUGUCCAUGACUAGUAAUGUUGGUGGCUCGUACUUUUUGGUUGGCCCAGCAGGCCAGAGUACUUCAUCUAAAACUCGACGAGACCGCGCCGGUUGCUCCAUCCCAGGCCGGAUGGCGCAGUAUGUUUCUCGUCUUGUUUCGCUCGGCCUCACUACAGAGCUGCCGUUGGACAAGCAAGCACAACUGCUCAUCCUUACCAGCAUUACUGCUGAGCUUGCCGCUGACCAAUUGACUACAAUGAAGGAGGGAAUUGUAUGGGAUACAGCUGCGAAUGGUGCAUCCAGCGCUGAGCAUCUCAUCUCAUCUUCAAGGGCUAUGCUCAAUUCUCUGACGGAUGAGGCGUCAGAAUGGCGAAGUGACUCAUCGUCCGCGUCCUUACCUGACCAAUUGGUGCAUGAGGUAUUCAACAGACUGCUUGAAACUUCCAAGCAGCCCACUGUAUUUGGGCUGUAUAGCUCCAAGGUUUUGACAAACUUGCUUGAAAGCCUUGCAGAGAAACAUGGCUUCCCUACGAGUGCCGAAGACUGGCUCGUCAAGCUGGAUGUCCUCAAGUCCACGCCGACUACCAUUCUUCCUGCAGUAUCGCUAUUGAGAGGUCUCGGGCCCACUCUGGCUCCUACAAGGGCAAUAAGCAAUCUUUGCAAUCGUCUCGUCAGCGACGCUGCUGGCGCGACACUCAAUGUGGACAAGUCCUUGUCCACGCUGGUUCUUUUGAACGCGUGUAUGCAGAUUUACGACGUGGGUGAUUUACCAGUCGCCAAUAACCGUCUCGUGUUUGCGGUCAGGCAGAUAACUUCUUGGUUGGAACAGCCAUCAGAAGUGGAGUCUAGAUUUGCUGCAGAGAUUUGUAAAAGUUUACAGUAUCUCUUGCCUUGUAUCAAAGACGUAUAUGGAUCGUAUUGGGAGCGUGCGAUUGGAUUCUGCAUCUACAUUUGGACGAGAAACACUUCUUCUGAAGAGCUCAGUAGUUGGCUGCCAUCGAUCCAUGCCUCCAUUCGGCUACUCAAGACGCUCGAAGCCAUUGAAGAACCCAACGAUGAUCUUACCGAGGCCUUGGAAUCGACCAUGAAGGAGCGAUCCUUGGCGUUUAUUGAGUUGCUUAGGCUGCCACACACGAAGGAAACGCAGCCCUUGGAUAUGGUGGACUCCAUCGUCUGCCGACAGGUGGAGAAGCUGCCUCUGGAGUAUAUUCAAGAUCCUGCCGACCUGUAUGAUCUUGUGGCUUCCGACUCCCGCGCCAUACAAACCGCAGCUUUCACGGUACUGCAUAAAGCUCUCCCUGCGGCACAGGAGCAAUUGUCAAUUGACGUGCUUCUUGAAAAGAAAGCAGCGCAGCUUCCCGAUGAGCUUCUUUCUCUUCUCCUCGAAGCACCAACCCUCGAGGCGUAUUCGGACGAAGAAUUAUCGCGAUUUCCAAACCCUAUUAGAUCGUAUUUGCUCACAUGGCAUCUCGUCUUUGAUGCUUUCAAUGCGGCAUCCUUCAAAGUCCGUGGGGACUAUGCCGAUAAUCUAAAAACGAAUAAUUAUAUUGGCCCCCUGAUGAAUUUCACAUUCGACAUCCUUGGUCAUUCGGCAGCGCAUGGGCUGAAUCUAGAGAAAGCCGGCUUUACGGACGAUGAUAUACGAAACUACGAUAUCAAACUUGCCGAAGCCGAAACGGACGAGAGGAACAUGCAGUGGCUCCUCGUGCAUCUCUAUUACUUGGUACUCAAGUUUGUACCUGGCCUUUUCAAGACGUGGCACGUUGACUGUCGCUCCAAACAGACCAAGAUUGCUGUUGAGGACUGGAUGGUAAAGUACUUUUCGCCAAUCAUUGUGACUGAGGCUCUCGACGAUGUUGCCAAGUGGGCAGAAACGCAAGAGGCACCGGAAGAGGACGAGAAGGAGUUGGUCGUCAAGAUUAGCAGGGCGGCCAAGGAAGUGACUGCAGGCUACGAGGUCGACGAAUCUCAGGCCACCAUUGCAAUCAAGAUACCGCAUGCUUACCCGCUCGAGCCCGUUUUGGUGGUCGGAGUGAACCGUGUUGCCGUGAGCGAGAAGAAGUGGCAAGGUUGGAUUCUCUCGACGAAGGGUGUCAUUACUUUCUCGGGCGGAAGUCUCAUUGACGGUCUGACGGCCUUUAAGCGCAACAUUACCGGUGCUCUCAAGGGCCAAACAGAGUGUGCCAUUUGCUACAGCAUUAUCAGCAGCGACAAGACGAUGCCGGACAAGCGAUGCGGCACUUGCAAGAAUCUCUUCCAUCGGUCUUGUUUGUACAAGUGGUUCCAGAGCAGCAACCAGAAUACUUGUCCGUUGUGCCGAAAUCCGAUUGAUUAUCUGGGCGCGGAUACAAAAUCCAGGAGGCGAGGAUAA